CAAAAACAAAAAAAUGAACAAAGAUUUUGAAAAUUAUUUUCGAAAAAGACUUGGAUCAAUCAGAUAUUAUGAUACGGAAGAUUUUUUACAAAUAACACGUUAUAUUUCUGAUUAUUCAUAUCAUUUUCGUAUUGCUGAAUUAUUAAACAUACCAUUUCGUCAAUGGUUAUGGUUAGUAAUUGGUUUACUGAUCAGUGAAAUAUUAAUAUUAUGGAUAGUAUUAGCUAUAUUGAUUGAACGUUUAUAUGUAUUGGCUGAAUUUGAACAAGAAUGUAAAAGACGUUCAAAUCAACAACGUUCAGUUUUGAUGCCACCAAAUACUAAAAUUAAUAUUUCAAUGUCAAGUCAAUCGGAAACUGCUGAACAAACAACAACAACCGAGAGAAAAAUGAAAUGAAAAAAA